UGGGGAAGAGAAAAUCCUGGCUUAAAGGGGUGAGUUGAGGUCCACCCAGCUGGGGGGGGUCCUGGGAGCCCAGACGCCCCGGGCUCACCCCACACCAGCCUGACAGUAGAGUGCGGGGGAUGGGGGGUGCUCUGCGCUGCUUCCGGGGUCCCCCUUCCACUUGGGGCCAGCGACAGCCUCCUGAUGCUGCGGUCUGGUGGGCAGGGCCUGCGGGACCAGAAGGGUUGGGGCUAAGAAAGGUGUGUCUGGCGCACCCAUUAACCCCUUCCUGCCCCGGUCCCGGCCCCUCCCCUGCUGGGGCAGCUCCCUGCGGGGAUACCCGGGCCCAGGGGAGCGCAGCUCAUCUGGGAACUGCUGGAAACCCCCAUGGUGGGGGGGAGUUCCAUGGGGGCACCCCGGCCUUCUGGGAAGCCGCCCCCGGAGCCGGCUAGGACGCAGCUUCUAUCCUGGCCGCGCCGCUGGCUUGCGCAGCCCAGCCCCUGGGGCCCAGAGCCUGCAGCACUCGGGCCCAGCUGUGUCGCCCACCCCCCGCUGCCAGUCCCCAUCUCCCCAGCUGCUGCUGUGGUCCCCGUUACACUUGGGUGCACCCCAGAGCCAGCCACAGCGUCAUGACACUGCCCCAAUGCCCACCCGUGUGGGCCAACGCUGGCGUGAGAUGGGGCUGCUACUGCCUGGGCCCAUUGCCGGGAAAUGCUGGGGCCCAGGGGCUUCCCCAGCCCUUCCCCUUCCCCCACGGGAUCAGUUUCUGUCGGCCCUGGACAGUCCCCCGCCUCCCACAGCCUGGGCUGCGGGCCUGGAGCGAGGGGCACCGCUGUGCAGGGGGGUGCUCUGUCACUCGGGAGUGAGGGGCACUGCUGUUGGGGGCUGCGGGUCAGGAGUGAGGGGCACCAUUGUUGGGAGGGGCCGGGGGUUGGGAAUGAGGUGAGUGGCACCGCUGUGGUGGAGGCUGCGGGUUGGGAGUGAGGGGCACCGUGUGGUGGGGAGGGCUGUGGGUCAGGAGUGAGGGGCACCGCUGUGGCAAGGGGCCUGCCUCCCUGGUUUCCACGGUUACGUGUCGGUUUCGUGACCCGCGAAAGCGGAAGCACUGCGGGCUCAGGCUGAAACCACAGCCUGCGCAGGGGGGCCGGGGGGGGGGGCAGCCCCGGGGGUCCCAGCGGGUCCCCGAGAGCGGAAGGGGAAGCUUGGAGAUUCUCCAGGGAGAGAAAAUGAAACUCCCCGGGGGGAUAAAAGCCCUGCGGCCACCGGACACCCGGACACAGCUCGGCACGGACAGACGCACGGACCCCGACCCCUGGCUGGCAUGAGAACGCUCGGCCUGGCGGUGGUGCUGUCUGCGCUGCUGGGGGCCGGGGGGUCCCGGCCACCACCCCCACCACGCUGGGCUCUGGGGCUGGGCCCCGAGUUCAGGAGCAGCUGGAAACUGGCCCAGAAGCUGCUGGUGGAGACGCGGGAGCUGACACGCGACUUCGUGUUGCGGCACCUGCCUGGGGUCCAGCUCCAGCUCCUGCCGCUCUCAGAGCAGCUUCUGCCCGGAAGCCUCCGCACCCGGGACUGGUUGGGCUUGACGGUGCUGGCACGGCUGCAGGGGCUAGGGGCAGCGCUGCCACAGUACCGGGGGGCCCUGGCCAGGCUGGGGCUCCCAGGGGGGGACCCCGAAUUUGCACAAAGGCUGCAGGAUGUGGACUGGGACCUGCGUGACCUCGCCCACCACGUGGCCUACCAGCUGUCAGUGGCUAGAGCCCCCGCUGCGCCCCCACCCAGGCCCCCCCCACCAGCCCCACGGGCUGUCUGGCGCCGGCUGCAGGCCACGGCAGUCACGCUGCGCUCUCUGGAGGCCGUGCUGGCCCGCGCCGCCCGUGACUUCGCCCUGCUGCGGCGCCUGGUGCCCGCGCCCCUCUGACCCAGGCAUCUGGGUCCCCAGCACUUGCACUGAGCCACCAACCUGGGCAUCCAGGGGCACCCCCAGCCCCGUGCACCGGGCCUCUGCCCUUCACAGAGACCCCAGGCAUGCGGGCUCUCGGCAGCCCCUGCUCUCUGGCCCAGCCCCCAAAGCACCCAGGUGUGCGGGGGCCUCUCACCUGCACUGACUCGCCGUGUGCCGUUCCCCCACCAGGGACCAGGCGCCCGGGCUCCCAGCCCCCCACACACACACUACCGCAGUCAGGGGAGAGAACCCAGGCGUCCCGGCCGUGCCCUGCUGCGGGUCGCGCUGUUAUUUAUAGACCCACAUCGGGUUGUUCUCUUUAAUUAACGUAUCUAUUUAGUGCCUAUUUAUUGCCAGAGUUUUAUUGAGAUUAUUAUUUAUUGUGCAAAUAAAUAAAUUUAUUAUACAAAUUGGACAA